AGAUAUUCACUCUGAUUUAGUUUUUUCAGGUCAGGUUCAGGUUGUUGCUCCAAUGUCCAGGAUUCAUGCCGUAGCGGGUGGUGAUGUCAUCCUUCCUUGUUUCCUGAAACCCACUAUGAAUGCUGCGAGCCACACAGUGGAGUGGCUCAGACCAGACUUGAAGCCAAAAGAGGCGCAUUGUUACCGCGACCAUCGUGACUCUGAAGAGGACCAGAAUCCUUCCUACAAGGGAAGGACGUCACUGUUUAAAGAAGAACUGAAGAACGGAAACGUCUCAUUGAAACUAACAGGAGUUACUCUCUCUGAUGCUGGAAACUACACCUGCUUCAUUCCAACUAUGAGCAGGACUCAGAGACCUGUCGUUCAACUCCUGGUCGGUGAGUCAUGCCCUGGAUUUCAGCCAGUCCUCUCUAUUGAAGGAACUGAUGGUAGUGGGCUGGUCCUGAGGUGUGAGUCCGAAGGCUGGUACCCUGAACCUGAGCUGGAGUGGUUUGACAACAAUGGAGCCAUCCUCCCUGCUACUGGACCUACAGAGACCGAGACUGACACUGAGGGUUUCUACACUGUGAGACGAAAUGUCACCAUACAGCAGACUGACAACAACUGGUUCACCUGUAGAGUUCAACAGCAGAACAUCACCAGAACGAAGCACAUUCGCAUUCCUGAUGAAGUCUUUCCCAAGCCGUGCCAGUCCUACUGGACAGUUGGGCUUUGUCUGGCAGUGGGAGCUGUAGUGGGAGCUGCAGUGGGAGCUGCAGUAGCCACGCCAAUGGGGUAUGUGGUUGGAAAUCGACGUACGAAACGUCAAUGUGUGACAGGUGAAACCGUAGAUCCUGAAAAUCUAUCAGUGCUGUUGAAAGGGAACUCCUCAGGAGAGCUCAAUUGAAUGAGAUGAGGCUCGAGGCAGGAGAGACACUGAUGCCAGCAGCCCUCCUGUUUCCGUCCCACUUCGCACCUUUUCCCUGUCGGACUUGAGAUUCGAACCGGUGACCCGUCGAAGCACAGAUCUGGGGAAGGGUAUCAUGAAAAACAAGAUUCUCUGGUCUGAUGAAACCAAGAUUGAGCUCUUUGGCCUGAAUGCCAAGCGUCACGUCUGGAAGAAACCAGGCACCAUCCCUACGGUGAAGCAUGGUGGUGGCAGCAUCAGCUGUGGGGAUGAUUUCAGCAACAGGGAGAAUAGUCAGGAUAGAGGGAAAGAUGAACAGAGCAAAGUACAGAGGUCUUUGAUUAAAAACCUGCUCCAGAGCGCUCAGGACCUCAGAACAACAUGUCGAAGUCAAUCUGAAGGCGUUACAUUCCAGGCCAGAGAGAUCAAGAUAUGAAUGAAUGAUCUUAAUUUGAAGCCUGUAACUGAAUCUGUCAAAAAAGAAAUGAUCCUCAUAGUUAGGGAGGGAUUUAGGUCUUCAAGGAAGGGUGCUUUUAUCCAAAGCUGAGGGGCUCUCGUGCAUCCUUUUCAUCUUUUGACAUUCCCAAGUCCACUUCCUGUACCUUUAGACAGGCUAUUAUACAACUGCAUGUGGAAAAACAAGCCACAUAAGAUAAAAAGCAAUGAACAAAAAGCACAACAGGGUUUGUGAUGGCCGUCUAAAUGUCUUAGAAUUCACUCUCUCUCUCUUCAAAAGUCAACUGGGCUAAAAGGCACUUAAAAAAUCCUCAUAGUUUCUGGAAUAUUGUACCUCAUUUUGUUUUUCAGAAGCUCAGAGGGCUUAAUUAUUUAUUUUUUUACUACAAUGUCCCUAUAUUGUGGGUAAACUUCCUGUGAAAUUGGCAGCUUUUCACAAGCAGGCUUUAAUGUGCUGGGCUUUGCUGUAUAAUCACAACUUUUCACCCCAUAAAUGUUUUAUAUGGAA